CAACACAGUGCGUGUUCCGCUCAGAUCAACAAAAAAGACUGUCUAAAUACGACGCUGGAUGAAUGAGAUGAAGCCAUUGUAGGCCAAUGCCGAUACUUCUGUAUACCAGCCUCAUUUCCGCAAUUUUAAUAUAUACUUCAUCUUCGCUCUUUGUAAUUAGUCCUCGACUGAGCCUCGCCUUUCCAAUUGCUCAACUGUUCUCUAUACCCCCCAGCAUCCUCAUCAUGGCGGACACGCAAGAAUCAUCCGAGUCUCGACGAAUCCACGUCGCCGCGUCAGAAGCACGGCGGCUGGUGGAAGACAUCCUGAAGGGCAACGGUGUUCCGGCUGAGAACGCUGCCACCGUGGCUCGCUGUCUGGUCGCUGCCGACCUCCGCGGCGUCGACACUCACGGAAUGAACCGAAUCCCCUCGUACAUGGAGCGCAUUCGACAGGGCGUCCUCAACGCCGGCGCGCAGCCGACGGUGAACCAGGUUACCCCCGUCGUCGCCCAAGUUGACGGCCAGAAUGGCUUUGGAUUCGUCGCCGCUCACAUGGGCAUGGCCGCCGCUAUCGAGUCUGCCCGGGUUUACGGCAUUGGCAUGGCCAGCAUCAAGCACUCAAAUCACUUUGGCAUGAGCGCAUGGCUAGUGCAGCAAGCCUUAGACGCGGACAUGAUGAGCCUCGUCUUUACCAAUUCAAGCCCUGCAUUGCCAGCUUGGGGUGGCCGCAGCAAGCUCAUGGGUGUGUCGCCCAUAGCUUGCGGCGCACCGGGCAUAGCGCCGACGUCAGACUUCAUCCUGGACAUGGCUCCAUCGGUUGCAGCCCGAGGGAAGAUUUACAAGGCCAAGCGACGUGGGGAAAAGAUCCCAUUGGACUGGGCACUGGAUGCGGAAGGACAUCCGACGGACGACCCAGCUGCUGCACUCGACGGUGUCAUGCUUCCCAUGGGAGGACCGAAGGGUUCCGCCCUGUCCAUCAUGAUGGAUGUCUUCUCCGGCGUGUUAUCCGGGUCGGCCUUUGCAGGGCACGUCACCAACCCGUACGAUCCGUCGCGCCCUGCCGACGUUGGCCACUUCCUGAUCGCCAUCAAGCCGGACCUGUUUAUGAGCCUGGAAGAGUUCCGCGAGCGCAUGCAGUAUCUGUAUGAGCGGGUAGUUGGAUCUGAUAAGGCGGCUGGAGUGGAGCGCAUUUAUUUUCCGGGCGAGAUGGAGCAGCUUGCGCAGGCGGAACGGGAGAAGACUGGAAUUCCGCUCGUCCAGGCUGAGAUUGACGCCCUGAACGAAGAAGCUAAGAAGGUGUCUGCCAAGGAAUUUGUAACAAUUAGUUCUUAGUAUACUCGAAUGCAGUUUAAUGGUUUAUCCUCG